GCACGCAUUGACUUGAAAUGACAAUUGACAAUUUGACAUAUUAUUAUGGUUCAAUCAUUCAAAUUUCAUUUGAUAAAUUUUAUUGCUUUACAGAUUAGUGGUUCGUUGACGUCUUCAAUAUGUAAAUUAUGCCGUAGUUGGUUCGUUCUUUAACUCGAGUUACUUAACACGGUGCAUACAUAUGAAAUGUUUAAGAGGUGAAAGAAAUUUCGCGUUUAAAAUAUAGUGCCGUAAAGAUUUUAAGAAACAGAACAUGUCUCAUAUUUGCAAUCCAGUUGGUCAUAAAUUUAUCCCGGUUGAAAUUCAAGAGAAUGAUAUUUUUACUGGAAUAUUGAAAAUUCUUUCUAUUUUAAGACCAGAAUGGACUCCGGAAAACAUUAAAUUCAAGGUUUUUACUGACGGGAUUACGAAUAAGCUUGUCGCUUGCCAGUUUAAUGCUGAACAAGUCGGCGAAAACAAUAUAGUGCUUGUAAGAAUUUAUGGAAACAAAACAGAUUUGCUAAUAGAUAGAAAUGCUGAAGUCCGAAAUAUUACAGUUCUUAAUAAAAGUGGGUUGGCUCCGCAAAUUUAUGGUGUUUUCAAAAAUGGUUUAGCAUAUGAAUACUAUCCUGGAGUUACUUUAAGCCCAAAUACAGUGAUUGAUUCAAAAAUAUCAGGUCUUGUUGCAAAGCAAAUGGCAAAAAUGCACAAAAUUGAACUUGGAAAGGAAAUAAAAAAAGAACCUAUGGUAUGGGAUAAAACAGAACAAUUCUUAAGUUUAAUUCCAGAGAAGUUUACAGAUGCCAAUAAACACGAAAGAUUUGCAAGUAGCUUUGGAUCACUAACAAGAUUGAGGAUAGAAUAUGAGCGGUUAAAGUCGCUCUUAAUAAAAACUGAGAGCCCAAUAGUGUUUGCUCACAAUGAUUUGCUUCUAGGAAACGUGAUCUACAAUGAAUCUAAAGGGAAGAUUUCAUUUAUAGAUUAUGAAUAUGCUUCAUAUAAUUAUCAAGCAUUUGAUAUAGCAAAUCAUUUCAACGAAUUUGUUGGUAUAUCUAUUGAUGAUAUCGAUUAUAAUCGGCACCCCAGCAAAGAUUUUCAGAUGAACUGGAUCGAAAAAUAUCUUGUAGAAUAUUUGGAAAACGAAUCGCCGCCUUAUUCAGAUAUUGAAAAACUGUAUAAGGAAGUGCAACAACUUUCGAUAGCUUCCCAUUUCAUGUGGGGUGUGUGGUCUCUGGUGCAGUGCGAAUUAUCGGAUAUUAAUUUUGAUUUUUGCAGAUAUGCCGAAAUACGACUUAACAGGUAUUACGAACAAAAGGACGCCAUCUACAAAGAAUUACUGUGAUGAAGGCUCAGAAGUUUAAUUGAUUAUUAAUAUAUGAGAAUAUUAUAUUAUAAGAAAAUAACAUAAUAUAUUAAGUGACGUAGUAAAUAAAUCUUUGAUUAUAUAUCGUCGAGAUAAUAUUAAGAGAUAUUAAGAGUCCGUGAAAGCCAGAUCUACGUCCAAACUUCAUAGUUGCCAGUCGUUUCUAUAUCGGUAUCGUGAACAUUGCGCAGUAAAACGUUCAUCUAUCAUAUUAUGACGUAGGUCUGGCGUUUAAUGACUUCUGCUCUGUAAAGUUUCAUCUUGAGACAAGUGACGUGUUGCAGCUUUGAUAAUAUGUUUUUAUUUUUUUAUCGUUGUGCAUUGGUGUAGGCUGUAUUUAUGUACUAUACAAAUAUUAUGGUAUACAAAUGUGUAACAUUUUACCUUGAAAAUUGAGAAAUUUGUAUGUGCAUGUUGAAUUGUAAUAUAUCUUAAACGUUAAGAGAGAGAAAAUAAAUAAAUUGUAAAUAGCUCAUAUUCGAUCUUGUAACUAUUAUAUUGAAAUAUUAAUAAAAGGAAUAUAAUGUACAAGAUAUAAUAAAAAGUACUGUGUAUAUAUUCGGGGGUUCUGUAUAUAUGAUCAGAUUAAAACAGCGAUUGAAAUCGACGAACCGAAAUAGCCCCACUUGUCUUCAUGCGAAAUUCAGUGGGACAGAACAAUAUUUUGCUGAUUUUUGCUAUAAUAUUAAUUAUGAGCACAUAAUCGCAAUGAAGUUGUUGAUUUGUGACUUGCGCAUAUUUUUUGUUGACUAAAUUUAUAAACAAAAAUAUUUGUUUUAUGCAAUUUAUUAAUCUCAUUUAGAUAUUAAGUAUCGUUAAAAAAGUUUCUCAUUGUUAAAGAAAAUUUAAAAAUAAAUGAAAAAAUAUAUUGAUAUUUAUUUAAAGCUCUUUUGCAGCCACAGAAAAAAAAUGUGUUUAUUAAUAUGUAAUUAUUACAAACUAUAACAUAGCUCUAAUGUAUAUUACAAAAAAUUACAAUGUGCCCACCCCAAACCCAACCAUUAGUGAUGUAUUCACAUUCAUAAACAUAUAGAUUCAAAUGAAUUUAAAUGAACCGUGACUAUUAUUUAUACUAUAUUUUCCAAGAUUUCAUUUCAAGAUUUGACAGCGAAAUUAGAUGUAUACUCUGUAAGCACCCGCCAGAAGUUCACUUAUCAUACUGACAUUUUAGCAACUGAAACAGUGUCCCUUUGACGUCCUAGAUUGAAAGUCUAGUCUUUAGACGUGUAUAUAUUCAAAGAUUAUUAUAUCAUAAUAUUAUACAUACAUAUUAUAUAAUUAUUCAUUAAAUUUGUUUUAACAAAUUAAUAAAAAUAUACUAGGAAUAAUACAGGUAUAAGAACAAGUAUUUAGGUUUUAAUUUAAUGUUUUUUUUUUCAAUUACCAAAUAUGAGAUUUACCAUAUCAUAAACAUUUUUAAACGUCAAAUGCAAUACGGGAAUCGCAAGGACUGAUUGUAACCUCUCCGGAAUAUCUCCAACUUUUGGCAACUUGAAUUUUAUGCAUAUUUUGUUGUUUAAAUAUAGUGUUUUAUAUACUUUGUUAUUAUAUUUUUGUUUCAAAUAAACAAUUACUUUUA